AUGGCAAGGAAGUGGAAGAAAAUGGCUGGCAUUGGGAGGAGAACGAUCUCACUCCCAAUAAUCCGCCACAGGGUGGCUGAUAAGGGUCACUUCGUCGUAUACACGACAGAUAAGAAAAGGUUUGUGGUGCCUUUGGUUUAUUUGCGCAGCAGAAUCUUUAAAGAGCUAUUUAGGAUGUCUGAGGAAGAGUUUGGGCUGCCAAAGGACGGGCCAAUCACGUUGCCAUGCGAUGCGGCCUUCUUGGAGUACGCCGUGUUGGUAGUUCAAAGGAGUGUCUCUGUAGAGGCGCUAGAGAAGGCAUUGCUGGUAUCGAUAGCCUCUUUGCGGUGCUCGGCAACUGCAGAAGAGUUGAGUUAUUAUCGUCAAAUAUUUAUCCAUGGCUUCUGA